UUGACUCGAUCAUCAGAAACGAACACUGCGGACCACCGAGUAACAGACGUAAGACAAGAUCUGUUUUCUGUUGAUGAGUUCCGUUAUUUGAAUGUGCCUCCAGUUAGAAUAUUCACGGUGCACGACGACUUGGAGUGUACCAUGAGAUGCCUUCAACAUCCUUCUUGUAUUUCCGUGAACUUGGCCUUGGAAAUAAGACUAUGGUGCGAGUUACUGUCAUCUGACAAGUACAGCAACCCCAAGGAAUUCAGAAAAAACAAAAGCUCACAUCACUAUCACAUCGUGGUAAGAACUCUCAUCUGUGUUUUUUGGAUAUUUCAAAGCAGCCUUUUCAAGGAAGCACCAUCUAUAAUUUACUGCAGCCAUAAUUAAGACGGCGUCAUCCAAGAUAAAUGAUCAGUAACUUCUCCUGGGCGUAAAAUAAUUAUCCUGGCUUUCUUCUUACGUUUGUCAAGACUGAACAAGGUAUACUUUUUUUCCGAUUAUCAUUCCAUUCGUUCUCUCGUUAUUUCGCUUAGUUAUCUAUUCGCUCAUUCUAUUUGUUCAUCCCCUCCUAUUCCUAGGUGUGUCAACCGUGACCCACCUCCAAGAAAAAACGAUAUUUGAAUUGAAUGGCUCUUGUAUAAGUUUCUCUUAAGUGGAUAUUGCAAAAGCAGUUCAGGUGUGACUUCAACACACUUGCAUAGUACGGUAUUUGCGCUAAGUCGUGUUACAUUAAGCGUGAAAGUUCUUUUUUUCUCUUGCAAGAACAUGUGUGCUGAAAAUCCUUGCGAAAACAACGCCACUUGUCAAAGCAAUUUUACCGACAAACUUUAUCAGUGUCUAUGUCCUACUGGAUACAAAGGUCCGAGGUGCCAAACAGGUAAACAAAAAAUCAUCUAUAUCUUUCAAGUGAGAUGUACAGUUCAAUUAUUAAGAAGCAUAAAGUCGUACACUAAUUACAUGAACAUGUUUAAUUAACAUCGUUAUUUCUAAGCAACAGAAAAGGCAACAAAAGAGAGAGUUAAAGAGAGAAACACACAGGAAAGUAAACUGACAUUAAAAAGAGCAGAAUGAUUAACCAUUCUUCAAACACAAAUGCAUUACAUACUUGUAGAGCCAUCAGUUAGUUAGCAACUUUACGGCAGGCUGGAAAUAAUUAUUGUCAAUGAUAAUGAGAAGUUUUACCGAUGUCUCUUCUUUUUAAGGAUUUGAAGUAACAUUUAUGCUGCCCAAGGAAGUCCUUUGGAAAAAGAAAAUGUUUCAGUUCAGCCAGGAAGCUGAAAUAUCAUAAGAAAACACAAAACAAAAGAAAAAAAAAACUAAAACAUCGGAGAGACAAUAUAAUUUUAUAAUUCUAAUAAAAGGUAUUUUUAAACUUUUUCCAGGACCUACUUCGUGUAAAGAAAUUCAUGACCAGGACACGUGAGUACAAUUGGUAUUCGGAUAUUAUUUAUGUAGUACAUCAAAUAUUCCGCCUUCUCGCAAUUGGUUUAAGCCCAUCACGUCACCAAAUAUACCCUAAUUUUCAAACCACCAUAUGCAAAGAAAGAACUCGGUUUAAAUUCGAUUCACUUAGGUUGAGUGUAUUCCCGUCCUAACAGAAGAAGUGAAAAAUAAUACGCUCCCGGACACUUGUUUAAUUCCAGGAAAAAUUGUUGCUACGAAGGCUGUUGUUUAUAUUGCUCAUGUGCUCAAUCAUCAUCAUUGUCACUCAGUAUCUUUGCCAUUGUAAUUUUCAUUGCCACUAAUGAUAAUUAUUUUUUAUAAGUUCUAGUUUUAUUUCACCGUCAUUGUUUACUUUAAUGUUUUUGUUUCUUUAUUACAUUUUGAUUCAAAAGAUCCAUUAUGAGUGGUGUGGUUACCCUUCUUGUUGACUCCCAACCAUUGUCCGUUUUCUGUCACAUGGGAAAUUUUGGGUGUGGAGAUGGAGGAUGGACACCAGUUAUGAAGAUUGACGGCAGAGAGGUGCAUACUUUUAUUAAAUAAUUCAUUUCCUAUACAAACUUGGUCUCUUUCAAAACGUUGCAAGUUAAAAACGCGCCUUUUACAUAUGAAUGCCUUUUGUUUUUCAUCGAGACGGUAAUGGACGAAGACCUGACUUUGUUCAACGUAAAUUUAGAGACUUAUUGUGUGCAAUGAUUGUAGAAAAAGAAAAGUUAAAAAUCAGCCAUAAGUAUAUCCAAACCUAUUUGUCUCUAGUAUCAUGUAAGAGUUAGAUUAGGAACACAAACCAUUGAGAUCAUAAUUCGUUUAAAGGCUGUUUGGAACAAGGAAUAUCUCUUUUCUGAGCAAAAUUUUCACAUCAUUUGGGGGUUAUGUAGAUAUCAACCUGAUUUAAAUAGAAGUCAUUGUUCAUCGUUUGAACAGCAGGAGGAGGACGAGGAUAGGUAGAGGAGGAUUGUUGGAGGAUCAUAGAACAUUGAGGACCAAUAAACUGCCAAUGACGAGGGAUCAGGUUACUUUUAUCGUGACACAAUCACACUCCAAUUUUGUCUAUGUACAAAGAGAUCAGAAUUUCUUUAAAGAAAAAUGACUUCUGUCAUCCUUUAUCGUUUCAGUGACUCUUGAUUGGGGUGCAAAUGAAAACACAGGAAAAACUCCUAAUAACUAUAUUGACAUGUCAUGCACUGAUCUACGGUGCCAGGUCUGUGUUGAAAACAAAAAUUUACCUUAGCAUUGACGACACGAUGUCAAAAAUAUCGAGGUCAAUUCUAUGGUAAAACAAACGAGUCGGGUAAUAAAUCAAUAAAUAAAGAAACACGACAGGAAGUAGACAGGGAAAAUCCAUCAAUUCAGAGAAAAUACAAAAGUGAAAUGCUCUUGUAUUUCAGACCACCUUCCAUUAUGAGGCGCAUUAUUGGAGAGAUUACGAUGAAUUCAACCUUCUCGGUGGAGAGACUGGGUUUGACGAACAAGAAUCAAAGCUACCCACCUACUGGAACACAUCAUUCUCUAAGAUCUGUCUCGGAAUGAAGAUCAACCAAAAGCUCAGGUUUAUUGUCAUCAACAAGUUGGCUGACUCUCUACACUCACUAAUUGCUGAUGGCCAAUACCGCAACACCUCACUGGGUCGUGACGGGUGGAAAAAGUUGAUUGGCAGCAACGCCUCUUUACAGCGCAACUGUAACAAGGAAGGAUUCAAUGCUGUUGGUGAUCGUGAUCGUGCUAAAGUCAGAAUUGGUAUUGUUAGCAAUAACCAAAACGACUGCUACUCGUGCAACUCUUUGAUUGGAUUUGGUACAGGAAGUCAUCCAAAAGGCGCAAAAUCUUGCAGAAACGAGGCACUCCAUUAUACGUUAGAUGAUGGAGGGAAGAGCAUCAAAGCCAUGGGGUACAUAUUGGUGCAAUAA